AUGAGUUGGAGUUUCCUGACUAGCCUGCUGGAAGAAAUCCACAACCACUCCACGUUUGUGGGCAAAGUCUGGCUCACCGUCCUCAUCGUUUUCCGCAUUGUGCUGACAGUGGUAGGAGGAGAGUCCAUCUACCAAGAUGAGCAGAGCAAUUUUGUCUGCAACACAGCUCAGCCAGGUUGUGAGAAUGUCUGCUACAACGCCUUUGCUCCACUGUCACACGUCCGCUUCUGGGUCUUCCAAAUCAUUCUGGUGGCCACACCUUCUCUCAUGUACCUGGGCUACGCUGUCAACAAGAUUGCUCGGACAGUGGAGCGGGCAGACGGUGGGGGAGCGAGCGAAUUUUCACAGAGGAAAUCCAAGAAGCGCUGUCUUGCAGCCAGAAAGCAGCACAGGGGCAUUGAAGAGGCUGAGGAUGACCAUGAGGAAGAUCCAGUGAUCUAUGGAAAGGGUGAGGUGGAGCGCGAUGGAGGUGGAGCAGCAAAAGGGGCAAGUGGUGAUGGACAAGUCAAAGUCAACGCGCGGCAUGAUGGGCGCCAGCGGAUCAAAGAAGAUGGACUGAUGCGCAUUUAUGUGCUUCAGCUCUUGGCUCGCUCCUCGCUGGAGGUGGCUUUCUUGUGUGGACAGUAUGUCCUUUAUGGACUUGCAGUGCCUCCCACUUACGUGUGCAAAGUCCUGCCCUGCCCUAACAGCGUGGACUGCUUUGUGUCACGACCCACUGAGAAAACAAUCUUUCUCCACAUCAUGUACGCAGUCUCCCUGCUCUGUCUGGCACUCAGUAUAUGGGAGAUGCUUGACUUGGGCAUAGGUACCAUCUGUGACAUCGUACAUUCCCGCCGGGUGCAGCUCCCUGACGAAGACUUGUACGAACUGACACCAUCAGGCUCACCUGCGUACAACAUUGCCAUCAAGCCUCCUCUGGUGUCUACAGGUAACCAUAACAAACCACUGCCCGUUACUGAUCUCGCUAAUGCUAAGGUGGCACGCUGGCAGAACCGUGUGAACAUUGCACAAAAGCAGCGUCAGCAGGACACCAAUAAUCAUGACAGCUUGGGCAGAGUGAGGAUGGGAGACGCCCCCAAAGUUGUUCAGAGGGACGUCCAUCAGCCUCAGAAGAUGCUGGAAAUGCACAGUCAGGCCUACAGCCAGCUUCAGAGCCACAGUCAUAACCACAGCAAGCCAACCCAAGAAUACCGCAAAUACCGGCAGGCCUUGAAGAUGCAGACAGAGGCAGCAGCUGCACCAGUAGUAGCAGCAAACAGGGAGUGA